AUGGCCAUGGCGGCAGCGGAGGGCAAGAGCCGGAGGUUCGCGCUGGCCUGCGGGGUGCUGAGCCAGUACGUCAAGGCCGAGCAGCAGAUGGCGGCCGCCGCGGCCCCUGCCCCUGCCCCGCGCGCCCUGGCCACGACGCUGAGCCUCAUGCCCGGCGCGGACGUCGGCGCCGAGCAGGAGCCGGCGGCCCCCGCCACGAAUGGGGAGGAGAUGGCCGGGCCCGCCCCCACGGCAGCGCCGGCGGCGGCGCCGCUCACCAUUUUCUACGGCGGCAGGGUGGUCGUGUUCGAGGACUUCCCGGCGGAGAAGGCGGCCGAGGUCAUGCGCCUCGCAGCUGGCGCCGAGCGCGCGGCGGCCCCGGCCCCGGCGCCGCGCGACGACCUGCCCAUCGCCAGGAAGGCGUCGCUGCAGCGGUUCCUGGCCAAGCGCAAGGACCGCCUCGUGGAGCGCGCGCCCUACACCCGCCCGUCCCCCGCGGAGGAGGCGGAGAAGACGAAGCAGCCGUCGGCCUCCUGGCUCGGGCUCGGCGGCUGCACGGACGCCGAGCGCCUCACCAUCGCGCUGUGA